AAAAUCUAACCCUAAGAAUACAUACAAUACUACAAUAUAUGUUGCCAAACCCUAGACCAAAGAGUACCAUGAUUCACUACCUACACUCAUCUAUGUUGAAAACAAUUCAAUUUUGUUAUAUUUUAAUUUAUAUCACUUAAAACUGUUUAUAAUUACAUUAUUUUAAUUUUUUGCUUAUCAAAAUAUUUUUUAAAAAAUUUAAAAAUUAUUUUUAAGAUAAGCUACACCAGAAGACUUACUUUGAAGUCGUUCAGAUGACUUCCAACAUCUUAAACGACUUAGACGAUUUACUAGGGUUAUAUUCGUAAAAAUGGCUUCUGUUUUUUUGUUUGGUCACAAGGAGCUGGACUGUAAUUUCACAAGGCUUGUAGGUUAGUUUUGCAUUUGAUUCAAGUUUGGGUAUAAGUUUAGGGUUAAAAUCAAGUUGUGGGUUAAUUUUAGUAAAUUUUCCUAUUUUUUUCUCCAUAGAAAACAAUCAAUUAAUUUGGGAUUCUUAUGCAUGCAUUCAUUUACAAGCAUUAUAUCAUUUAUUUGAAAUUUGAUGUUGUAUAUAUGUAUUCAACCCACUAUAUCAUAAUUUUAAAGUUAAUUUCAACGGUCACGAAGAAAUCACCUGAUCAUCUUCAUUUAUUGUACACACGUAAACUCCUAAACAUAUGAUAAUUUGUAUAACGUAGAUUAAAAUCAUAGAUCCAAUGGUGUAAAACAGUAAAAGUUUUGUAUAUAUCUAAAUUAUCUCUGAAGUAAACAAACUUUUUUUUGUCUAAAAGCCGUUGAAGGGUGGAUGUAAUGUCCCACACGGCGCACUCUUUACAAUUGUCAACCAAUUUUGUUCAGUUUCAUCUUUUUCUGACAUGAUUUCUUCAGAUUUAAUCUUUUACCUACUGGUUUUAUAUUACCCAGGGUAAGAAAUUAAUAACCGAAAGUUCACAUAUUCUCAACAUCGUCACGUGAAACAGGAAAACAAUAUUUUACUUUACUUAUUCAUAUUGAUAUUCAUUAAGAUGGGGCAUGAUCGUCUGAUAUAAUAUAAUUUAUAGCCUAUUUUUUUUUGCAUACAAUUUCUAGCGUUUACCAUAACUUUUUUUUUUUAAAUUGGGCAUCAUUAAAUAUAGGACGUACACUAUUUUCUUACAAUAUAAGUUUUUUUUUUUGAACAACAUUUCUUACAAUAUAAGUUUAAACGUAUAUGGAAACUAAAUUUCAACGAUAUAUAUAUAUAUAUAUAUAUAUAUUAUAAUUAUAAAAUUUGCAUGAGCUGAGGUCUUUUUUUAACACUUUUUUUUUAUUGAAACUGAUUUGGAAUAUGACAUCAAAGCAUAAUAUAGUUCCGUCUCAAUACUGCAAUCUGCAACAUAUAAAAAUCCAAAAAAUCAACAUAUAAAUUCUAUCCUUUCGGGCUUUUUCAAUUGUACCAACAACAAUAUUAUAAUUUUUAGUUUUCUAGAAUAAAGAUAAUGAUUUCAUUUGAAGAAAAACAAAACUCUUCAACAACCCUAAAUGGGGCGGUCUUCCAUUGCCGUAAAGUAGUACUUGCAAAGCUUAAGAACAAACACAAACAAGACCAAAUAAUUGAGUUCAUUAGCUCAUAGCAUGUUAACCUUUUUUUUUUAAUAAAAAAAAUGCAUGUUAACCUUUUUUAAAUACAUUUUUUGUUAGAACAUGCUAUUUCGUUUAUCAUGAAACUUCACCAAAUAUCAAAGUUCAUUUUAAAAACAAGAAAACCCAUUAAAGACGAUGAAUGGUAAAACUACAAGUUGCUCUAUACAAUCAUUCUAAAAUUAGUGUAAAUCAUAAAACCAAAAUUAAAAUUAAAAUCAUGAGAAAAAAAACGAGAAGGAAUUAAUUAUACCAAUAGAUAGAGGUCGAUAGGGUUUGGUUGUCAAAAGAAAAAAGAGAGAGAGAGAGAGAAUGGGGUUGGUGAAGGCACCGUCAUUGGUUGAGUUAGGUGCCACGUGUGAAGAUAUUGUGUUCUCACAUUAUAAAAUUAAAUUUUGAUAUCAUAAUCAAAAAGUAUUUGAAACAUGUGUCAUAUGGUGAUAGGAAGAAAAGCAAAUGAUGGUGGUUAUAGUUUCAGUGUUUCACGCAAUAUUCAAGAUACCGCUAGAGAUUAGCUGAAUCUUUGUUUGAUAUUGACAUACACUCCGAUUGCCGGUGGUUUUAAACCCAGGAGAAAAUCUUAGAAACUCUGUACUACUUUUUGACCUUGAAUCUUUUUGUUUUUUUUUGGUAAAAUAUUAAAAUGAAAAACUGUUUCACCUUUUUGCCAGAAAAUCCGAAUAAUGCUUUUUGCCAGAAAAUCCGAAUAAUGUAAAGACAUCCGCAUUGGCAAGUGUCUCCAUAGAUCUCUCAUGAUUAAAAUAACAAAACACAAAAAAGUACUCACUCUGUUCCAAAAUAGAUGAAAUUUUAAGAUAUUGCACAAUUAUUAAAAAAAUUAUUUUUUAUUUAAAAUAUCAUUAAAUUAUAAAUUAAAAAUUAUUUAACCAAUUAAAAAAUAGUCUACAAAAACAUUAUUGGUUACACAGUUUUAGAUAAAGUUAAAAAGUUACAUUAAUAUAUGGAAACAUCAUCUAUUUUGAAACAUCCAAACUUUCCUUAAACAUCAUUUAUUUUGAAACAGAAGUAAUAAGUAAAAGAAAAAAAGAAGGUGUUGAUCGGUUCUUCUCAGAGGUGCUCACAUCUUUUGUUGAGAAAUUUUUAUUAAAUAUGUUACCUUCUCAUUGGGUAAUAUUUUUUUAUCAUUAUAACAGGUCUUGAGAGAUCCAUCGUUUCUUUUUAUCACUAAUGUUGACCUAAAUAGUUAUUUCCACUGUGAAUUGAACCCAAAUGAGGGUAGUUACAACCACAACUUCUUUAUCACUGGGUCAACUCGACGUUGGUCCUUGAAAUUUUCUUUGUCUAAUGAAAUAUUCUCCACGUUUCAGUUUAGUUGUCGUUGUAGAGUAAAAUUUUCGUUUUAAAACAUAUAUUGUUUAUAAUUUUAAUGCAAACUUUAUUGACUUCAUAUUUCAAUUUAUUUUUUUACUGAUUGAAAUGUGGUUUGAUGUAUUGACAAUGAUGUUCUUUUCUAGUAAAUAUACAAAACUAAAUUUUUCUUUAAUAUAUGUACUCAGGUCUAAAUCAAUACUCCAUUCCUUCCACAAAAAUAAACUUUUUAGUAUUUUCACACAUAUUAAGAAAACAUAUUAAAUUACUAUAAUAAAUGUAUUAUUUUUUGUAAUUUUUAAUUUUCAAUAACUUUUAACCAAUAGUAAUUCAAUUAAUUCAAUUAAUUUUUUUGAAGUUUAUAAUUUUUUCAUAGAAAACACAAAAAAUACAUAUAUUUGUGAAACAAAAUUUUUUUUCUAAAAAGUCUAUCUUAAUGGAAUGGAAAGAAUAAUUUAAAUGAAAUGAACGAAGAAAAUGGUAAAGUACAUUUAUUGCAUGUCUCCACGGGACUAGUCAGUUGAUUUUCUUGAACCGGACUUUUAGCUUGAUUAUUCCAAUAUUUUGCUGAGUCUUAGUAAUUUGAAACAAACUGAUUAUUCUAAAUUGUAUAUGGUUUUAGUUUCUUUUUCAAGAAUUUCUAUAUAAGUAGUUAGAUAAUUGACCUUUAUAGUUUUGAUAUUUUCACGUAAUUUUCUUAUGAUAAAUUCUGUACAUGUUCAAUAUAUGAUUAUAUAUAUGUUGUACGAAAAUUAUUUCAAAAACAUGUAUAUUAGCCAUGGAUUUCGUACUGUAUUUAUAUAGGUGUGGUGAGUAGAGAACAAAUUUACUCUAUGAGCCAAACAGGGCCGUCUCAAAUUUAUUUUAGACCCUGUUCAAAAAAAAUAUAAAUCGUACAUUUUAUCAAGUAAUUUUAAAAUUUAAUAACUUUGUCUGAUUUUUUUAAAUUAUAAGCUCAAAAUUUAGCAUUAUAUUUAAAAUUUUAAAGUUUCUUACCAUAAUUUAUCUAUAUAUUUUAAAAAUUCUUAAACUUUUUAUUUUUAUAUUUCGGGGCCCUGUUCGACCGCUCCACUUGCGCGUGCUGUUAGACGGCCCUGGAGCCAAAUAUGAAGAGAAAGAUUGUGUAUGUUAGUAAUGGAUUCGUGAAGACUCAUUUUGCUCAAUACCUCCAGUUGGAAGCAAUAUUAAAAAUGCACACUAUUUGAUGUAUGUGUAGGUUACUAUAAUUUUUUUGUCUAGAGUUUCUCAUUACUAAUAUAUCUUUAAAUGAUAAUAGUAAUAUCUUUUUAAGGCUUUUUUUACUAGCUUUAGUGAUAAAGUCUUCUAUCUUAAGAGUAAAGGUGCUAUGUUCGGAUUUCAUCAACUGCGCCGAAGAAAUGUAGCAACUAGCAACCAACUAUUGUCUAUGGUUCAAAAAAAUUAAUUAUUGGUUUUCGUGUAGAAUUUAUUACGUACAAUAAAAAAUUCGUUUAAGUUUGUGAUACAAUUUUAGUAUGUGCAAAUAGAACAGUAAACACAAUCUUAAUUAAACAUCAUAAUUGUUAAAGAGAAUUUUAAAUAUGUGUAUAAAUUUCAGUUUAUUUAUUUCUGUAAAAAAUAUGAAUAUAAUACAUUUUCUAAAAUAGUUUGAAAUUUGUCUUGAGUGGUAUAUAAAUAAAAGAAAAGUCUUUUAUCUUCUCGAAAGCAGGUUUUAAGUCAACAAUGUAAACUCAAAUGUCAAGCGCCAAAUCUAACUUAUACAUUAACAUAUAAAUAAAUCUAUUACUAAAGUUCUAGCUGACUAUAAAAAGACAAGAAUUCAACAAAAGUAGUUCGAACUUGGAAGUCAAUUAAUGUUCUGUUACUUGGCAGUUGGCACUACCAAACAACCGAGACAAACAGCCGAGACGGCGAGACAUGAUCAUGAGCUGAACGGGAAUAUUGUAUUAUGGUCUUAUUAUAUUUGAUAGGCUCGUCGUCGGCUUUAUAAUACUCGUCGUCGGCUUUAUAAUGCUCGUAUUUAUUCAAGCCCAGAGUAAAGACUGAGCCCAAAAUUCUAAAUAGUUCACUAAAUAUUCAAAGUUGACCAAAUAUGGAUGUGACCGACCUGAUAAAACAAAAUCAUAUUAUUUCUUGGGAUUUUUGCCGAUAAGGAACAAAAAAAGCAUAUCUUUGUCCCCUUACAAUAAAAAACCCAAACUUUGUCCCUUUAGAACAAAAAAAAAUGAAAAACCUGUUUUGUCCUUUUUAAUAAAAUAGGUUAAUAGUAAGAAGUAAAAAACAAACGGAUUCAGUGAAAAAUUGCUUCACUUUCUUUGUCUCCGACUCCCGUUUCAUAAGGAACAAAAGGCGAUUCCGCCGUCGACUCUCUCUUUAUUUUAUCCGUUCAAGUUCGUCGGAGACGACGAUAUCGUCGUCACAUCUCUCCUUCGUCCUCCUUCUGUCGUCUUUACUCUUUUUGAAUCAUCGAUUACAGAGAAUUGAAGGUUAGGGUUUGGAAAUCCCCUUUCUGAUUUUUUUCCGUUUUUGUUUACGUGCAUGUAGUAUAAAGAGCAUGAAUUGUUUAAAAAUACAAAUCGAAUCGCAUUUUGAUUUUCGUUUGUGGGUUGAGUUGAUUGUGAGGUCAUCGUAGUUCUUGUUCUAUACGAUUCUGAGUUAUAUUUUGUUUGGUAUUGAAUUUGCUUUGUGUUUUGAAUUCGUAAUGGACUUAAAAGGCUAAUGAGUUGAUGUUUUUGAUUUCAUGUUUUAUAGGAAUGGAUUACCAGUUUCCAAAACGCUUUAUUGAAGAAGGAGCUGAGACCAAGAUUGAUAAGAUUAACAACACCUGUAGGCGCACGAUUCUGGGGACGCUGAAGGUGGUUCUCAGGGAUGAGUAUCAAGAAGUUUUGAAAGACCCUGUCUUCGGUCCGAUUCUGGCAAUCGUAGAGAACAAGCUUAUUUACUCAGGAAAGGUUAUUCACAGUUUCAUAUGCAAGCAGCUCAAGGUUUCCAAGCUUCACGAGUUGUGGUUUCUAUUUGCAAAGAGGCCUCUCAGGUUUUCUAUGCAAGAGUUUUAUGCUGUGACUGGAUUGAAGUUCAAAGAAGAACCCGACGUAGACUUCAAUAACUGGAAGAGUGAUAAGGGGUUCUGGAGCACGGUGCUGAAGGAAAAUAAGAAGAUCAACUUAUUGGUUAUAAGGGAUGAGCUCCUUAAAGUCUGUAAGGAGUGGACGUAUGUGGACAGGGUGCGACUAGUGUAUCUGUGUAUAAUACAUGGAUUCGUCAUUGCGAAGGAUUUGAGAGUGUUUAUCCCUCACGAGUUCAUCCGUUUGGUGAUGGAUUUUGAGAAAAUGAGGAUGUAUCCUUGGGGUCUUCGCGCCUAUGAUGAGCUGCUUGCAUCAAUAUUCAAAGCAAGGGAAGAUGUGCAUCUGAAGAACAGCUAUGUAUUGGAUGGAUUCUCAUAUGCGUUUCAGAUAUGGAUUAUGGAGGCAAUCCCAGACAUCGGUUCUAUGGUGGGUAAAAAGAUCAAAAACAACUUGACGAAAGUGAGAUGUAGGAAUUGGAAAGGAAGUGGAAAAGUAUCAUAUCAAGAUAUCACCAGCCUAGAGUCCAACUUUGAUAAGGGAGAGCUGUUCCCGUUUAUAUCAUCUACUGGGAGCUUGGAUGCAACUGAUAAUGCUGAGUUCUUUAGGGAAGAUGAGAAGAAUGACGAAAGAGUCAAUCGCAUUGUUGCUCUGAUCAGUGCCAAACAAGACUGGAAGCAAUUCACUUGGGAAGUUGAGACUCUGCCUCCAAAUAUGGAGUUAUCUGACGCAGAAGAGGAUGUCGAAGUUGAAAAUGUCACAGAAACACCUGUGGAGGAACCGGCUGUUGUUGAAGAGGAACCAGCUGUUGUUACAAAAAGGGGGAAGCGUAAGCUAAUUGAUCCUGGUGUCGAGUCUCGAAAGAAACAACUUCUUUGUCAAAGAGCGGCUGAACAUAACAGUGUUGUCUCCGGUGAUAUGAAGACCUUCAUUGAAGGUUUGUUCAACUCUUCUUUCAAUUCUUUUAAGGAGCUGCUGCAGAAGGACAUACAAGAGCGUUUUGACAAGGUCGACAAUGAGAUGGCUCAACUGAAGGCAACAGUGUCGCAGAUUACGGGUCCUUCAGUUGCAGUGGGACGAGACAUAGCAUCUGAGAUUCUCUGUCCUUCUGCAACACUUGGGAAAGAGCAAGAGAAAUCAUCACAGAGUCCGGGUCCUUCAGGAGCAAAGGGAAAAGGCAAAGGCAAGGCAUCUGUGAGUGUUGAUCCUCCUCCGCUUCGUCGUAGCCCUCGGCCAGUAAGAAAGGUAACCAAAACAUGAAGCUUUGAAUUAUGUAGGACGAAACAUCUUCCGUUGUAAGUGUUUAUGUGGUUUGACUAUUUUGUAAUGUCCUUGUAUUGUGCUAUGUUGCAUAUCGGCUUGUAAUGUAUCUUUUUGUUUGCUAUGAAGUGAACUGAUAACUUUGACAUGUUAGCUUGGCUAUUUUGUAAUGUUUAGAACUUGGCUAUUCUCCACAGCAAUGGUUAGUGGCUUCGAAUGCUUAGAACUUAAAGUUCUACGUUUAAAAAACCAUCGAGUCAUCAUUUCCCUAAUGCUGUCCAACAAAGGUAUCACUGGAAACUCUCUAGGCGUACGCAAAGCUGCAUUUAUCGACUCCGCAGGGUUAGUAGUCCUAAUAUCAUAUCUGUAACCCGGAAACUGACAACGAGCCCACUUCCUCACAUCGGCAUCUAUGAGAUACUGUCCAAUUUCAGGACUAAUAGCGAAAAUAGCAGUGAAGACCUUACGAAAAUCAGCAGCUCGAUAAGCUUUAGAAGCCUUAGCAACCAAACCAGCCACACCUUUCCCGCUGAAAUAUGUUACAACAUUAUUCAGCAAGUGGUGAAUGCAAAUUCCAUGAUGAGCUUGCGGGUACACUCUCGCAAUAGCUUUAGCAAUUGAGGAAUUCCUAUCAGACACAAAAGCUAAACUAUGGUCGUCAGCAAUGACCAUAUUAAGUUGUCUCAUAAACCAGUUCCACGCGAGGUCAUUCUCUGAGUCGACAACUCCAAAGGCAAUAGGAUAUAAACUCGAGUUUCCAUCUAAUGCUGUAGCAACUAGUAAUACUCCUUUGUAUUUGCUCUUCAAAAAAGUCCCAUCCACCACAAUAACUUUUCUAAUUGCAGCAUAGAAACCGCGAACACUCUGACCAAACGAGAUGAAGAGGUAUUUGAAUCUCCCUUUUGUAUCCCUUUCAUAAAAUGUGUGUGACCCUGGAUUAGCUUCCUUCAUCAUAUGCAAGUAUUUAGGAAUUUUUUCAUAACCUUUCUCCGGAAUACCUUUAACUGCGUUGAUUGCAUAUUCACGUGCAUCCCACGCCAAAGAAUAGGAUAUCUCAACUCCAUAUACCAUACGCAUAUACUGGAUUAUAUCAUCCGAUCUCGGUCCUUCUUUAGCAGUUUCAUACUUAUGCAUGAUCAGAGUACCCACUGUUUUUGCUGAAACUGUCCUAACAGAACCCUUCCUAUUGGAGGCAGCACAUGAAUGAUCAGGUACAUACUUUUUGAUGAUAAAAUACGAUGAGCCUGUUAAACCCUCUGCACGAACACGCCAUGUGCAGUCAUCAUCUGAGCAACGAAUGUACCAUACUUUUUUAUCCGAUCUGACAACCACGUAGUCGAAAUUAUUUUUCAUUGCACAUAUUUCGAAUGCUGCCUUCAAAAGUGUUUUGGAAGUAAAAGAUUGACCCUUCUUCACAACAUCUACCAAAGAAAAGCGAACACCAUCUUCAUUGAUCUUUUCUUUGUCACACUUUUUGUCAUCUUCACUGUCAGGUACCUCAACAUCUUGUUCUGAAUCCAUAUCACUUGAAUCGUCAGACUCCAUAAGCGCUUCCUCUCUGUUAGGCGACUCACUACCUUCUUCCGCUAUGUUAGAGGCUUGAGUACUCACACACAACUGCGUCGAAGCUUUGUUCUUUACAUAUGUAAGAAAAUUUCGAACUUGUCUUUCACUGGUGAUGAUAACAGGGGGUGAGUAGAUGCUAUUGAUCAAAUCGGAAGGUAAAUAACUCAGCUCUAUAUUGACCAUGUUUACAUCAAUUCCAAAGUCUUCACACACCAUAGCCUUUAGGUUUUCAAAGCUUGAACUUGUGUCCAAAGUAAGUAACCUGCCUCCUUUUUCUUCAUCAACAAGAAAUCCCCAUCCAUUGUUCAUCGACGAUUUCCACAAACCACAUGAAGCAUAUAUGUUAAUCUUCAUAUUUUAGAAUGACAAAAGUUUGAAAGAACUAAAAAAUGAAGAAAACUUCCACGUUGAAUUUCAGAAAUCGUGGUAUGUUGAACAAGAAAACAAGAUUUUAGGAAAGACAAUUAAAAAAGGAAAUUCAAAACAUUUAAAAGAUUUUCUGAAUAUUUCCUAACCGUUUUUGGCUAGAUUUCCGGAUUUUGUAAUUUUAUUAGGUAGAAUUUGCAUUCUAUCUAUUUAGAAAUUAGAAGACCUGGUAGAAUACUGUAUACCACUGGUGUAGACAAAAAUACAAUCCGAAUAAUGCAUUUCCUACCUUAGUAGGUUAAUUAGUUUUUGUAGCGCAUCAAAUCUACCAGUUACGUAGAGCAUAGAGGGAAUGAGGAAUUUAUAUUCUUCUCCAGUAGUUGUUUAUGUUUUCGGUGUAUUGUGCAUGCUACGACUAGUAGAUCACUAUGUCUUUGUUAGAUUAUAUAUUCUAAACCUCCGUAGAUGGUAGAUCUGAUUUUCUAACCCCUUUACCCCAUUUUUGAAAUUAUUAUUCAAACAUUUUUUGAAUCCAAAUUUAUUUUUCUUAUAUGCAGUUGUUUAUCUACAUCUAAUAUACAAUUUUUUCAGAAUUUUUUGCCUUCUAAAAAAAUUAAUAUGAAUUUUUAUAUACAAAAAGGGUAGUGAAUGUCCAAAAGUGACAAAAGUUUAUUUUGUUCUAAAGGGACAAUACCUUAGUUUACUUGUUCUAUUUUCCCAAUUUUCCC